UGUUACCACACCCGAUCAAUCCGGAAAUUUUAUGUCCAUCUUUAUUUACUUUCAUUUUUGUUUGUAUAACGGCAUUUCCGGAAGUCUGCACGAGGUUCAUGCACUCAAAUUUAUCAACGAAACUUCUUGUUAUAUAGCGGCAACCAUGUAAGUUUUAUAAUUGAAAUUGUCUGAAUAUUAGAUUAUUUUGUUUGCAGUUUACUAUGCAAUCAUUUUAUUGUGCAUGUCAUAAGUAUUUUUGUUUAUGCUGUACUUGCAACUCGCAGUCGAUGCUAUUUUUAGAUUUAAAAUCCACAAGCUGUUAGAAAGUCAGUUUAAAGUUAAAUUUUACAAAAUUUUGUAUGAUAUUUGAGUAGAACAAGUUGAUAAUGUGUUGCUUAACUAUUGAUGGUGUAUAAGAAUUUACAGUAGAAUCUCAAAUAUAAGUUUUGAAUGUCAGAAUUAAUUUGUGUAAUGUUUACCUAUGAAUCUACAUAAGUUUCUUGGAAUUUUUUUGAUUUAUAUUACCUGAAGUUGUGAACCUACAUGAAUUAUUUUGUAUUUUUAUUUUGUGUAGCUUUCACAGAAUGUCUCACAAGAGAACCAUAUAUGAUGUCUGCUCCAGACCCUUGAAUUUGAAUAAAAUCUUAAUUGAAUUAAACCUUUGAGGCAUUUUGUAAACUGAAACAAAACAGUGAAAGAUGGCUUCUUCAACUAGGACAACAUCUUCCAGAUCACGAGCGAGUACGGCUAAGUCGGACCUGUAUCUACAACAAAAAAUGAAAAAAGAAACCGCAAAAAAGAAAAUUGAUUAUGUCCAGAAGGAAAGCGAACUUGUAUGCCAGAGGGCCAAAAUAGAAGCUGAUGCCCUGAUCCAAAAGGCUAAAAUAGAGACACAGUUAAUGCGGAUAAAAGCAGAAGAGGACUCGGAAGUCACAGAAAUUAGUAUGAAGAUUCUUGAGGAGGAGCUUCAAGAUAUAUGCAGUUGUUCUGAUAACGAAAGUGAAUUUGGUGACUGGAUUGCAUCACACACAAAGCGUUAUGUAGAAAACUCACACAUAGAAGCAGAUAGACUUUUGACACCAGAACCGGCUAUACCUCCAAUUAGAACGCCAUUCGUUGGAACGAGACCUGAAUUUCCGAACACCGUUACACCACCACCCACCUCACAGACACCUGCUGCCCCACCAGACAGCAUACUGAACCCUUGUGCUCGACUCUUUGUUCCUGAGAAAUUUGUGUCACAAUCGAGUGCGUGUGAGCCGAACAAGCAAAGCGGAAUCAACCAGGCUCUUAUGGAUAUGACAAACUUUUUGACCAAGAAAAGCUUCAUAUUGGAAAGAGUUAAACCAUUCGUUGGCGACUCGGAGUCUUACCUAGCAUGGAAAUCUACAUUCCAGGAAGUCAUGAAGGAAAUUGAUGCAUCCCCAUCUAUUGAACUGGACUUAAUGAUAAAAAAUCUUGAAGGAAAACCAUAUGAGCAAGUGAAGAGCAUAAAGAACUCAAAUACCGGUGACUCUACUUUGGGAGUACAGAAAGCGUGGGAAAGAUUGGAUUCGUUUUACGGCAGCCCAGAUCGUAUUGCGAGAGCUUUGAAGAGAAAGUUAAGUGAUGUUUUGGAGAAAUUUGACUUCAACAACAGGCCUGACUACUUUUGUCUCUCAGACACACUGAAUGAAAUAAAUGCUGUCAAAGACAAUCCCAAGUACAGUAAGACAUUGAGUUAUUUUGACACAUCAGAUGGAGUCAAACCGGUGUUACUCAAACUUCCCAUACAUGUCCAGAACAAGUGGCGUGACAAGGCAAUACAAUACAAGAAAAACAAUGAUGUAGUGUAUCCACCGUUUUGUGUAUUUUGUACCUUCGUCCAAGAAAUGGCCUAUGUGAUGAAUGACCCAGGAUUUGACUUUGAAUUUAAACCGAUUCACUUAGCACCGAAGACAAAAUCGAACAAACAAUUUCACAGACAGACUGUCACUUCCAACAAAACAGAUGUGUUACAAGACGAGAGUCAGGCAAAAGUGCGUUGUGCUGUCCACAAUUCUGCACACUCCACGAGUGACUGCAAUGUUUUCCGCACAAAGAGUAUCGGUGAAAAGAGGGACGUCUUAAGGAGACAUGGUCAGUGUUUUAAGUGUUGUGAUGGCAAACAUUUGUCUAAUGACUGCCGUGUGAAAGUGAAAUGUGACACUUGUGGUAGCAGACAUCAUUGCACUGCCAUGCAUUUUGACACAUCAAACAGACCCGCCCAGAAUCAUGGCGGGGAGAAACUAGCCAGUGAAAAACCAGCUUUUCAUCGUCAGACGGCUGAGACGACCACACACUUAAACGCAGCAUGUACAGAAAUUUGUGGGGAUUUCAGAGGCAAAUCAUGUGCUAAGAUUGUACUGGUCAGCAUUCACCAUAAGCACAGCGAACACCCACCAGUUAAUGUGUACGCCAUUCUUGACGAGCAGAGUAACAAGUCACUGGCAAAACCUGAACUUUUUGAAAUGUUUGACCCAAACAGUACUUGUGAAUCUUACAAACUCUCUACUUGCAGCGGAUCAUCUUUAGUCAGUGGCAGACGCUCUCAUGGCUUUGUGAUUAACUCGAUGGACAGACAAACUACUUUCAGUUUACCUACCUUAAUUGAAUGUAGUGCAAUACCGAACAAUCGUCACGAAAUCCCAACUUGUGAUGUAGCCAUUCAUCACCCUCAUCUUGCUGAGAUAUCGAGCUUUAUUUCACUUAUGGACCAUACGGCAAAUAUAUCACUACUGAUUGGCAGGGAUCUCUUGGGCGCACAUUAUGUCCUUGACCAGAUAAGAGGUGAUCCCUCUCAACCAUAUGCUCAACGGCUACCAUUAGGCUGGGUUGUCAUAGGAGAGACGUGCUUAGAUGGAAUCCAUACACCGAAAUCUGUUGAUGUUAUGAAAACCAUGUGCUCGAAUUCCGAACACCCAUCUCAAGGCAUCUGGAUACCAUGUGAUCAAAAGAUGCACAUAACAGAAUGUAUUGAAAACCAGUCAGUGUUUAGAAGAACCACAACAGACAAUCAACCAUCAUUGUCAGUUGAGGACCGCUUAUUCUUGACUCAGAUGGACAAUGAUAUGAAAAAGGACUCUUCGGGGCAUUGGAGUGCUCCAUUACCCUUUAAAAGGACACGACCUACUUUACCAAACAACCGACGACAAGCUUUGGAUCGAGCAGUCAGCCUUGACAAGAGUUUGAUGAAGAACCCUACUAAGAAAACUCAUUUUCUUGAAUUCAUGAGGAACCUUUUUGAAGCCGGCCACAUCGAGUUGGCACCACAGCUCCCACCAAACACUGAGUGCUGGUACUUACCUUUGUUUGGGGUCUACCACCCCCAGAAGAGAGACAAAAUCCGUGGAGUUUUCGACUCUUCUGCGAAGUGCGACGGAGUAUCACUCAACGAUGUCCUAAUGACUGGACCAGAUUUAAUGAACAAUCUUAUUGGUGUGUUGCUAAGAUUCAGGAGAGAAUCUGUAGCAAUAGUUGCAGACAUCGAACAGAUGUUUUACAGUUUCUUAGUGGAUAUUGAACACAGACGUUACUUGAGAUUCAUUUGGCACAAAGACAAUAACUUUGAUGAACCUUUGGUUGACUACCAAAUGAAAGUACACGUUUUUGGUAAUAGUCCCUCCCCUGCGGUGGCGACCUAUGGAUUACGUCGUACGGCUGACGAAGCAGAGGAACAAUAUGGCUCGGACAUGAAGGAAUUCGUGCAUCGCAAUUUCUACGUGGAUGAUGCUCUUUCCUCUCAUUCAUCUACAGAGGACGCAAUUGACCUACUUAAGCGCACACAGAAGGCUUUGAUGGAACAUGGCUGCUUGAGACUACAUAAGAUAGCAUCCAAUUCUGGUGAGGUUUUAGCAGCCUUCAGUUCUCAGGAUCUGGCAAAGGACCUGAAAGACACAGAACUCUGGGCAGAUGACCUACCAACACAGAGAAGUUUAGGCAUCUGUUGGAACCUUCAACAUGACUACUUCACAUUCAAAGUAAACAUGGAGGACAAACCAUUCACAAGACGUGGCGUCCUUUCCUCCAUCAACAGUCUCUUUGAUCCACUUGGUUUUGUUGCGCCAGUGACGAUUGCUGGAAAGGCUAUUCUAUGUGAAGCCAUGACAAGUGGAUUAGACUGGGAUGAACCUUUGCCACCUGACUUUCUCCAGAAGUGGACCGUUUGGAAAUCAUCAUUGAAGGACUUAGAACAUUUGCAGAUUCCACGUACCUUUAGUGAGAUGUCUGUUAGUAAAGCAAAUUACAAGGAAUUACUGAUAUUCUCGGACGCUUCCACUAUGGUCAUUGCAGCUGUCGCGUUCCUUAGACAAGUUUCUGACACAAGGAAGGAACAGCUUGGGUUCAUCAUGGGGAAAGCUAAACUGGCACCUAAGCAUGGUCACACUGUGCCGAGACUGGAAUUGUGCGCGGCUGUCAUGGCAACUGAACUAUAUGAACUUAUCGCUGCAGAGAUUGACACCAACCUUGACUCAGUUAGAUUUUUUACAGACAGUAAAGUAGUUUUGGGCUAUAUAAGAAAUGAAACCAAACGUUUUUUCACCUAUGUGGCCAAUCGUGUUGAAAGAAUACGCAAAUCAAGUGAACCUAAGGACUGGAAUUACAUUCCGACAAAAAUGAAUCCAGCAGACGAAGGCACGCGAUCUGUAGCAGCGAAGGAGAUGCAAGCCAGCCUCUGGUUGAAUGGUCUGAGUAAACUUCUUGAUAGCAGUGAAAAUGAACAUUAUGACCUUGACAUUGAUUGCGAUCCAGAGGUCAGAUCAUGUAAGACAGAAUUACAGAGCAUUUGUCAUCUAGGCUCCCAUCGCUUUGAAAGGUUUUCCGAUUGGCUGCGACUGACCAGAGCUAUUUGCUUCAUACAGAACAUUAUACGCAAGUGGAAACAGUCAAAAUAUGAUGAAGAUGAAGAUCAAGAACCGCUUACCUUGAAAGAAGCUGAACUUCUUAUCAUCCGUGAGAUUCAGGAUGAGAAAUUUCCUGAAGAAAUCAAAGCUCUCAAGGCAGGCAGAAUAGUAAACAAGAGUAGUCCAAUUUUCAAUCUGGACCCAUAUUUGGACGAAGAUGAUUUACUUAGAGUGGGAGGCAGACUUCGUCACUCCAACUUGACCUCUCAAGAGAAGAAUCCACUAAUCGUUCCGAAAAAGAGCCACAUUGCCAAUUUGCUUGUGGACCACUUUCACAGAGAAGUGAAACAUCAAGGACGCUUGUUCACAGAAGGGGCAAUAAGAAGCGCAGGGUUUUGGAUCGUAGGAUGUCGCCGCCUUGUGAACUCUCAUAUACAGAAGUGUGUAUCAUGUAGAAAGCUGCGAGGCAAACAACAACAACCCAAAAUGGCUGACCUUUUUGAGGCACAUCUUCAUCCGGCACCCCCGUUUACACACAUUGGAGUGGAUGUGUUUGGACCUUGGUCCAUUGUUAACAGAAAGACACGAGGAGGUCAAGCUCAAGCUAAGAGAUGGGCUGUGAUUUUUACCUGUUUGGUCAUUCGCGCAAUCCAUAUCGAGGUAAUUGAGGAAUUGAGCACCUCUAGCUUCAUCAACGCUUUACGUCGUCUUACAGCCCUUAGAGGUGAAGUGCGCACAAUUUGCUCCGAUCGUGGUACAAACUUUAUUGGAGCCACUUCAGAAAUGAACGUCAACAUGAUUGACAUUAAAGAUGCACCGCUAAAGGACUUCAUGGAAAGGAGAGGAAUUCAGUGGAAGUUUAACCCCCCACAUGCCUCACACAUGGGUGGGGCUUGGGAGCGGCUGAUAGGUGUCUCGAGGAAGAUUUUGGAUUCUCUACUGACAGAUCCAAAAGUGACAAGACUCUCUCAUGAAGUAUUAGUGACUUUGAUGGCAGAGGUGUGCUCUAUCGUCAAUGCACGCCCUCUGAAUGGGGUCACAUAUGACCCAGAUUUACCCUAUCCUUUGUCCCCUGCAACAUUACUCACCUUGAAAACAAGACACACAGUGGAUUCUUUUGACCUGGAAGAGUUUUCAACAAAGGAUUUGAUGAAGGAUCAGUGGCGCUGUGUUCAACAGCUUUCAAAUUGUUUCUGGAAACGGUGGAACAUGGAGUAUCUGUCUUUACUCCAACAGCGGAAGAAAUGGCAACAAGACGAAAGAAAUCUUCAAGUCGGUGAUGUCGUCCUUCUUCGUGACAAGACACUUCAUCGCAAAGACUGGCCAAUGGGAAUUGUUGAGAACACUUACCCUAGUGAUGAUGCGCGUGUCCGUAAAAUAGAAGUUCGCAUUGGCAUGGACAGAAAGAUUUUCAAACGCCCGGCGACAGAAGUUGUACUUCUCGUACCAAACAAACAGUAGUGUGAACGUGUCGUGAGAGGACAUUUGAUGGGAAUGUUUGUAAAGCACAGUGUACUGUAUCUUUUAUUGUGUAUUAUUGUUAUUUUGAACACUGAUAUUAUUUGGUAGAGUUACCUCAUUUUAGUUUGUUUAGUUUAAAUAUUGGUGAUAUUAUCAUAUCAGACGGGGAGUGUAAUGUUACCACACCCGAUCAAUCCGGAAAUUUUAUGUCCAUCUUUAUUUACUUUCAUUUUUGUUUGUAUAACGGCAUUUCCGGAAGUCUGCACGAGGUUCAUGCACUCAAAUUUAUCAACGAAACUUCUUGUUAUAUAGCGGCAACCAUCUUUCACAGAAUGUCUCACAAGAGAACCAUAUAUGAUGUCUGCUCCAGACCCUUGAAUUUGAAUAAAAUCUUAAUUGAAUUGAACCUUUGAGGCAUUUUGUAAACUGAAACAAAAC